GGCUGUACGGAAUGGAAAAAAAUGGCAGAGCCCUGGGAAGUGUGAAUGUGACGCUGGGUAGUUCCGCUAAGAUGGCGGCGCAGCGGAGGAGUUUGAUGCAAAGCCAGCAGAGUUGGACAGAUGACCUCCCGUUGUGUCAGUUGUGUGGGGUGUACACAACCGCCAACUGUGUGUACGGUCCUGAUGGCAAGGGCACUCAGAGCCACCCCAACGAGGAUGGCCACUUCAGAUUCAGAGGCGAGGACGGCUGCUUCCUCUAUGGGGUGUUCAACGGCUUUGACGGCGGCCGAGUAGCGAACUUUGUUGCUCAGCGCCUGACGGCUGAACUGUUGCUUGGACAGCUGAAUUCCAGCCACUCCGACGCAGACGUCAGGAGAAUCCUCUUGCAGGCUUUUGAUGUUGUGGAGAAGAGCUACUUUGAAACCAUUGAUGAUGCGUUAGCUGAGAAAGCCAACCUACAGUCACAGCUGCCUGAGAGUGGGUUUCACCCGCUGACCCCACAGAACCAGAAGCUCUCCGAUAGGCUUGGCGUGUUGGAGCAGGAGGUGUCCGGCGGGGCCACUGCUGUGGUGGCCCUCAUUCUCAACAACAAGCUGCACAUCGCCAACGUAGGUACCAACCGCGCUCUGCUGUGCAAGUCCUCCAGUGACGGUCAGAACCAGGUGAUCCAGAUCAGCCACGACCACACCACAGACAACGAGGAGGAGAUCCAGAGGCUAGCCCUGCUGGGUCUGGACCCGUCCCGCCUGCGCCAGGCCGGCCUGAUCGUGGGCCAGACCAGCACCCGGAGGAUCGGGGACUACCGGGUCAAGUUUAACUACUCGGACAUCGACCUGCUGAGCGCAGCAAAAAGCAAGCCAAUAACAGCGGAGCCUGAGAUCCACGGUAGCCAAUCAGUGGAAGGCGUGUCUGGGUUCCUCCUCCUGGUGUCUGAGGGGCUGAUCAAAGCCCUUGAGGCCGCCCACGGCCCUGAGCAAGCCAAUCAGGAGAUGGUUGCGAUCGUGGCGGCGGAGCUGGCCCAGCAGAGCAGCCUGGACGCGGCGGCCCAGGCGGUGGUGGAGCGGGUGAAGCGGCUGCACCACGACGCCUUCGCCAGCGGGCGGCAGCGCGCCACGCAGUGCUCCAGGCACGAGGACAUGACCCUGCUCAUACGCGUGCUCAACUACACGCUGGCUGACUGCGCCCUCACCCCUACACAGGGGGGGCGCAUCUACCCUGUGUCGGUGCCUUACUCCAACAGUCAGAGCACCAGCAAAACCAGCGUCACCCUCUCCCUGGUCAUGCCCUCGCAGGGUACCCUCACCAACGGGACCAACACCACCUCCACGCAGGAAGAAGGUACCCCCACGCCAAGCCAGAGCCCGACAGCCACCCUGCAGUCCACCCACACCCACACGCAGAGCUCCAGCUCCAGCUCGGGGGACGGGGGCAGCCUGUUCCGGCAGCGGGGGAGCCAGGCGGCCCAGCCGGACGAGACCGGGAGGGUGCAGCCUUACGUGGACUUCAGUCAGUUCUACAGACUGUGGGGGGCAGACCACUGCGACAGCCAGGCCGCUCAGGGGGGGCUCGGUCCACAGUGAAGGGGGUGAAGGGGGAGGGUUAGG